AUGUGUCAAACAAUUAAAAGAAUUUAUCAUUUUGACCUUCCUACGGAGCUAUUGUCCUUAGAAAAUCUAGUUAUUCCUGAACAUAUGAAAAAAACUUUAAAAAAUAUUUGUUACCUAAAUUAA